UCAAAAGAAAAUUGUGCUUUUUUCUAGUCUGACAUUAAUGUAAGUUAACAGUGUGGGGUGAACACAAGUAUAAAAAUAUUAUGUAGUAAUAAACACAGCUGACAAACACUGCAGAUGGCUGAACUGACGAGAAGUUGGUCAGUUAAACGGAUCUUGCAAUGCCUGAGUCAGUCAAUGAAGUUUACCGGUAGAGUGAAGCCAUUUACAAACAUUCUAAUCAUUCUCCUAAUACAACCAUCAGCAAAAUAGCUUUCAUUACAAUUGACAUACCUAGAGAGACAGAUCUUAAUCUCUAACGUUGUAUCCAAUGGUUUACUUCCACAUGACACGAUUGACUGUACUGUCUUCAUCCAGAAAUUGUCAGGUGUUGUUAUGGGACCUCAUCAUUCAAAUCCUCAUGAUAUAAUUUGCUUUCCUUUCAAAGAGUUCUUCAAAGAGUGUAAAAGUUUCCACUAAACCUCAAGCAAUUUCGGUGUGUGAUAGUGACCAAUUUGUUAGCAUGCAAACGUGGGACAGACUGCCUUUCACUGAAUUGCAAUUUGUCCUUUGUCUCUUGGCUUAAGUCAUUCGGAUCCAAUGCUUGCAUUAUGAAUUCAUUUCGUACAUAUUAGAGCACUUAUACCAACAAAUUGUCAAAAAAAGGAGUUGAGAAUUUACCAAUUUUGUUCUUUGAAGACCCACAGAAACUUAAGACUUUGCAAAAGGACUAUCAUAGAAAAUGAGCCAUCAGUCCUAAAACUGGGAUAUAGAAUAAAAAUAAGGGAGUAAGAAAGGCUAAGUUGAUUUAAGAUAUGUGUUAUUUUUAAUAGCUGACUUAUAUGUGCCUAUAUGGCAAGAAGUGUGGAUCAGUCAUUCAAGUCUAAAGAUCAAAAGACAGGAUGAAAACCACAACCGUAAAAUAGUGUUCCUACCCCACCCUCUUGAUGGAAAUCCUUCAUCAGCUCUAGAGCAUCCAUGAGGUAGGAAUUAAAGCUCCAUGAUUCCCCUCUCACUGGAAUAGGAUCUCAACCUAGCCAUGUUAUCAGCUGAAACCCAAAACCUGUUGCUGUUACGUCAACUGACUUAUGGCGACCCCAUCUGUGUUAGAGUAGAACUGCAAUCCAUAGAAUCUUCAAUGGCUGUAAUCUUACACAAGUAGAUUGUCAGGCCUUUCUUCCAUGGCACCACUGAAUGGAUUUAAACCACUAACCUUUCAGUUAGUAACCAAGGACAAUCAUUUUUACCAUUUAGGCUGCCUUACGUAAUCAGUAGAUAGUUGCUAUUUUCCCCAUGGGAUCAGGGUAAAAUACAGGAUUUUCAUGAAGUUAGCCAGAGCAAGAGACAGAAGAGGAGUGGAAGAGACAAUGAGUCGACAGUUUAAUGUAGUUGGAAAUGGAAGAUCUAGGGACUUGAUCAUUUCUGUGAGCCGGCAUGGUUCUACGCAUUAUUCUUUCCAUUCUCAGAGAGAAAAUUGUGUACUGAGAGAAACUACCCAUCUCCUGGUUCUCAGAGUUGGUUGUCAUUCACCUUACACUGCUCUUAGGUUUCUAAACCCACAGCUUAGAAGUCGUCUUGAACGGCAGUCAGUUGUCUAGUUGCUGUGGGGGUAUUGGUGCAGCCAAGUAGCAAGAGAAGAAAAAAAUAAUGGCCGUGGAAUAGGACAUUCUAACUGUGGGGGCACAGAGUUAAGAUCUACAAAUUUCACAAUAGCAUGUUAUUUGUACCCACUGUACCAUAAGUAGGAUGUAUAGAAACAGAGGUAUUCUAGGAUACAAUAACUGCUUUGAAUAGCUACUAUAGGUAUGCAGUACUGGGUGAAAUGUGGGAAUUUGAACAAUGCUUUUCAGAACUUUGAUCUGAAGGCUAUAAUCAAAGGUCACAUAUCUGAAUAAUCUGUGGAUGUGGAAAUUGUCUAUGAUGAAAAAUACAGUGUUUGCUGUUUAAAUUGAACGAUUAAUAAAGGUAACGAAAUGUGUAUCAUUUAAAGCGUCUCCAGUAACACCAGGAAAGCACUGUAGCUAUGGCAGAUCAAUUGUGGUAUUAUAAGGGUAUUCAGGGUUUGUAUGCAGACGUUUGUAACAUUCCAAGCCUUGGGGCCCAGCCGCAUGUAUCACAGGUGCAUCUCCAUACAUAAGUACUUUUCAUGGAUUUACGUGGGUGGAAAGCGACAUUAUAUAAUACAAAAAGCAUGUUUCUUUUCUUUUUGCUUAAGUGAGUGCGUAAUUUCUAUCACUUAGAACUGAAAUAGCCCUACUGCAAUUUUAAACAUUGAAAAUAGACCAUUAAAUGCAUAGCUUGAGACUGUGACCCUUAACAGUAAUGGUAUGUUAAGAAUAUCGGGUCUUUGUACCCAGGCUGGCUUAUUAUGCCCUAAUAUCCGAGUUAAUGUUAUGAAAUCAAAAGAUUAACAGUCCUAGAUAAUAUCCCAGAUCACACAGCAAAGUGCAGUUUUAAUCCAGGCCUUGCCCCUUGCAAACACUGUGCCCGAGGGCAAAUUACGUAAUUUCACUUAGCUUCCUUUCUUCCUUUUAAAGUGGAAAUAUCUGUAUAUCUAUCUCUGUGUACAAUGUAAAAUAACAAAUGUACAACAUUUAUCCAAAUAAGUCGGUGCAGACCCAUCACGAGUUAAACGCUAAGUGGCAGAUACCAUUAGGAAAGGCAGACAGGAAGGGGCGGAGCGCCAGCGGCGGCGGGGGAGCCAGCGCGCCUGCGGGAGGCUCAGGUCCGAGCCCGGCGGCCGCGUAGUGUCAGCGCCCGUCCUCGUUCCUGACUUCGGCUGGAGGGCCGCGAGGCCGUCAGCGACGCCGGGUGCAUGGCUACGGCGGCUCCUUCGGCUUUGGCCGUCAGGGCCUUGGGGCCGGCCGCGGCCUCCUGCUCCUACGAGGUCUUCUGCAAGGGACUCUCCCGCACCCUGCUCGCCUUCUUCGACCUGGCCUGGCAGCUGCGCAUGAACUUCCCGUACUUCUACAUCGCGGGCUCCGUGAUUCUCAACAUCCGCUUGCAGGUACACAUAUAGAACCAUGAUUAAGCUGCUUGUAUUCGAGCCCGGCGCGACGGCGGACUCCCCCUCAGCGACAUCGGGAAGUGGAGCUGCCGACGACGAGCCCCGCGAUCUCGCGAUAGUGCCGCGGAGCUUCCUUGCCGCGCUCCCGGAUGACGCGGAAACCCCGGAUGACGCGGAAACCGAAGGGACGCCAACCGGAAAUAGGCGAUUCCGAGAACGGAGGAAAGGUUCAAUUAAGACCCACAGAAAUAUUUAAUGGGACGAACUUAAGAAUGUGAACAUGGGCGCAGGGUAAAUAAGGAAGGCUACUAAAAUUUUCAGAAAAAAUUACAGUGUACAACAAACUCACAGUCAAAACAGAAGAUCAGUAAACUUCAGGAAUACUGGAUUGUAUUGUAUGCAAUAAACUGAAUGAUUAAGAAGCUGAAGAUAAUAGGCAUAUAAUCUGGAAAGCGUAUAUUUCUACAUCCCACAAGAGAAAACAAUGACAGUAAGAAACUCUAGGUGACUAAAACAACAAUUAAAAUUACCAGAAAGGCAUCCUCCAAAUAACAGACAUAAAAUGCUGCAGGAUUUUGAACAGAUGGUGGGAGUGUAAGACAAUGGAUUCUAUUUCAGUAUCUCUUUAAGUAGGAGUGGGUGGGUCAAGACCUUGGAGCCAAAGAGAAGGAAAUCCAAUCACAGACAAAGCUUAGUAUUCGAUUAACAACGUUUAAGUAAUCAUAAUAAUGUAAAUAUUGUUUAUGGCUGCCAUCUUUUAAGGGAAUACUUAAUUGUGUUUACAGAAUAGAAUGCAAAUGUUACCAGCCUUUGAUAAUGUAGUAGUAUAGUUGGCAAGUGGGGAUGUUGGGGGGGAUGAUAAUGGUGUCCUUAUAAAGUGGGAAGUUGAAGAGAUACUAUGUGUGAGAGGAAAAAAAAGAUGUAUUUUAUUUAAAGGAAAGUCAUAAAGUUGCUAAGAUACCGAUAUAACUAUAUUAAGAGGGAGGAGGGUAGGGGAGAAUAGCAUGAAGUCAACAGGAAAUGCCUGAAGAAGGAGAGUUCAGGUGGGAUGUCUCAAAAUGAAAAAUUUAAAGGAGUUUCUGACAUAUUUGAAUGUAGAGACAAAUUUUUAGUUUUUCAGAGUCUGUUGAUGAAUUAGUUAUAUGUACAUAAAAAAAUAAAAAGCUGAGGCAGUUAUGAACCCCAGGAAAAA